AUGGCCAAGAACACCGACGAGGUGGCAGUGACGGAGCUGAUCGCGUCGGAGUGGACGUCCAAAAAAAAUCCGCCACGGGAGACGGAGCGAAGAGAGCAGGAUCGUGCCAUCACCACGGCCCAAAAGGCCGGGAUUCACGUGACGAUCAGCCCGGGCCGUGAGAGCAUCAACUGGAACCCCGAAGGGGCCUUCUUCUUCGUGGGGACCACAGUAACGACCAUCGGCUAUGGGAACCUGGCUCCUGCCACCGUGAUUGGCAAGGUGUUCUGCACCAUCUUCGCCACCUUCGGGAUUCCGCUCAACCUGGUGGUGCUCAACAAGGCGGGCCAGGCCACCCUGCACGGCGUCGAGUUGAUCGCGGGGGCCCUGCGGAAAAGGGGGUUCAAGGAGGUGCGUUUGCUGAGCGGGGGGCUUUUCCUGGGCGUGGGGUUCACGCUCUUCCUGCUCAUCCCGAGCACCGUGUUCAUGACGGUGGAGGGAUGGAGCUACGCCGAGAGCUACUACUUCUCCUUCAUCACGCUCAGCACCAUCGGCUUCGGGGACUACGUGGUCGGUGAGGUCACCGCCACCUCGUCACCGGUCAAGCCACCUCGUCAAACCCGACGCUGCAUCCUCACUGCGUGCCGCACCCGGGGGGCACGCGGUCACAGCGGCUGCAGGAACGAAACCGUGCAGUACCCCGCCUUCUACAAGACGCUGGUGGCCGCGUGGUUCUUCUUCGGCCUCGCGUGGCUCUCCGCGCUCUUCAGCGCCAUCACCGGCGCCUUGGAGCGCGCCGUGACCGAGACGGGGCGAGCGGAGCCGGAGAGACCCCGCGGCGGGGAAGGGGCCGGAGGGUCCCCCAGGGCGCAGUGCCCCAGGGCGCAGUGCCCGAGGGCUCAGUCCCCCAGGGCGCAGUGCCCCAGGGCGCAGUCCCCCAGGGCUCGGCCCCCCUUCUCCCAAAAAGGGGGCAGCGGCCGUCGCAGACGCUCGGAGUUUGAUAUAUUCGUGAUACACACUUUUAACGCCCGCUCCGAGAUCCCGCUGAUGGUGGUCGGCAAAGACACGUAGCCUCCGCGCGAGGUGGCUCCGUGAUCACCACCACCGCCGCCGCCACCACCACCACCACAGACACCACCCACCAAUGGACGUGAAAGCGCGCCUCUAGCCCGGAUCCUAUCAACCUUACCCCUUCCCCUCCAUCACCUCGGCACUGCGCCGUAAGCGGGGGCCGGGGCUGCCCGGGGGAGAUCGACUGUGCGUCCAAGAGACGGUGGUGAUGAGCGAGGUCGGCCGUGAGUCAAUGAAGUCGGUGCAGAGUCGAUUGAGAGAAGAGUCGACGAGUCGCAGCUCGGCGUGGAGGAGCUGAGUACCCCCCCGAUGAGCACGGCAAGGACGACCCCGCUGCAUCGGGAGUCGCAGCUCGGCGUCUCCGUCUCGCGGUCCGCUCGGCGUGCUGCACCCGAACCAUAACCCGGAUAGGAAGCGAACUCAGGUG